AUGUGGAGCGGGCUCACAACUCUGACCUGCUUCAUCAUUGACGAUUUGAACACAAGACAAAGCCGCAUUCCCGAGACAAGGCUGUUUUCCUCUUGCCCAAGAGACUGGAUUGCAUUUGGGAAUAAGUGUUAUUAUUUUUCUGAUGAUGUAACGAACUGGACGUACAGUCAGGCCUUCUGUGCAUCCUUUGGUGCCAAUCUGGUCAAGUUUGACAGCAAGGAGGAGUUGAAUUUCUUGGAAAGACACACAGAUUCGUGUGACCGUUGGAUUGGCCUUAGAAGAGAAUCUCCACAGCAUAGUUGGAAGUGGGCAGACAACACCGAGUUCAGCAACUUGGCUGAGUUGAGGGGAAGUGGGGAGUGUGCCUAUCUGAAGGCAGUGUGUAUGAAAGCAGAGGUCAUCAGCAGCACGGACAGAUACAGGAAGCUGAAGUGGAUCUGCAGCAAGCCGAGCAGCUACGUGCAGUGUGCAGUGACCUCGGGGUCCUUUCUGCAUGGGGUCUCCUGGCUGGGGCUCACGCCUCUCAUCCUGGCUGAGUAG